AUGUCAGUCGUAGGGUCUAUGAUCUUCUGCGUUGAGUGCGGAAACCUCUUGGACUCUGUAGCGGGCCAAAAAAGCAUAGAUUGUAACGUUUGUGAACGGUCCUAUGAUACCAAAAGGUUCAAGAAUCUCAGUGUGGUCACUAAAAGUUCCCCUGAUGCUUUUCCCUCUACUCUACGUGCCAAAGCUUCGUUAGUUAAGACCUCCCUAAAAUCUGAUGAACUCGAAGAUGGGGCCACAAUCAAAGAAAAGUGUCCUCAAUGUGGCAAUGAAGAGAUGCAAUACCAUACCCUGCAAUUAAGGUCUGCUGAUGAAGGUGCUACUGUCUUUUACACAUGUCCGAAGUGUGCUUACAAGUUUAGAACGAACAAUUAG